AUGCUGAGUUUUGUAGGUAAAGAGGUAUUACUCAAAUUUGUGGCCCUUGCUCUCCCUUCAUAUGCAAUGUCAGUUUUCAAACUAUCUGCUGAACUAUGUAAAGAGCUUUACGGGAUGAUGGCUAAAUUCUGGUGGGGAGGUGAUUCUAGAGAAAAGAAAAUGCAUUGGAAGAGCUGGGCUGAUAUUUCUGAUGUUAAAGGGAAAGGGAGACUUGGUUUCCGGGAUAUUCAAUGCUUUAACACCGCCUUACUAGCCAAACAAGUUUGGAGAAUGCUUACCAAUUCAAACUUGUUGGUUAGUAAGAUGGUAAAAGGAAGGUAUUUCCCCAAAUCCUCUAUUCUUGAUGCACAGGUGAAAAAUGGAGCUUCGUGGAUCUGGCAAAGUCUGCACAGCUCAAUUGGGAUGCUGGAAAGUGAAUUAAGGAAGCAGGUUGGAAAUGGCAACACUAUUGCAAUUUGGAAAUUUGGAAGGUUUGAUGGCUCAAAAAUAGCAGCUCAGUGGUAUCAGAGCUGGUGGUCCUUGGACUAUCAGCUGCAACUAGCCAUGGCCAAAGGGACGAGGAUGAAGAGCUUCGAAGAACAGCUGCGGAAACAGGAUGCACGGAUCCAGACCGUUUUGGACUCUACGGCGGCACUGGAGGAAAAGGUGGGAGAUACCUUCCAAGAUGUGAAGGCAUUAUUGGAAGCCAAUAGACUGGAAAUGAAGACAUUCAUGGCUGAUAUGAAUAAUCAGUUCAGUGCAUUUGCGAGAGGUGUGCAUGGUGAUAGGGGAAUUUUGGGAAGUCCUAAUCAUAACAGUGGGACUCACGUUGGGAGAGUGGGUGAAGGGGGAACUGGUGGUGGAGUAACAGCAAGGAAUCACUACACAGUGGCUAUUCCUAAGCUGGAAUUUCCUCAAUUUGAUGGGAGCAACCCUAGAGAUUGGGUGAGGAAGUGUGAGAAAUUCUUCCACCUUUGUAGGGUCUCGGAAGAGAGCCUGGUGGAUAUGGCAGAACUGCAUUUGGAAGGGCGAGCUGACCUAUGGUACCAGAACUUCAAAAAAGACAGGGGAGGAGUUGGUUGGAAUGAAUUCAAGGAGGAACUCUGUAGAAGAUUCAGAGAACUGGGAGAGGAUGAUGCCAUCGAGGAGUUCAACAAGCUGCAGCAAACCGCAUCUGUAGUUGCUUACCAGGAGAGAUUUGAAGAACUAAGAGCAUUAGUGAUGGCCAAAGUCCCCAAUCUGUCCGAGUCCUAUUACGUUUCUUGCUUCUUGGGUGGACUGAAGAAUGAAAUCAAGGCUGCUGUGAAAAUGCACAAACCAGACUCUCUUCAGCUAGCUUUUGAGAAGGCUAGGUGGCAGGAACAUCUCUUGGAAGCACUCUCCAAAAACAAUAGAGUAGCUCACAGGGGUCCGCUGCCAUAUAGUUUCAGUGGGGGACACACUGGUGCCAACGGGAACAGGAGGAUGCAGUCAAAUAAUAGUGAAGAAACUAAGAAAAGGAGUGACUCACAGCCUGUUUUUAAGAAAAUCUCGCCUACAGAGUUUCAGUAUAGGAAGGACAACCAUUUGUGUUUUAAAUGUGGGGAGAAGUUCUCCCCUGGACACACUUGCAAGAACAAGGAGCUUCACAUGCUGCUAGUUGAGGAGGAGGAGGCAGAUAAAGUAGAAGAGGAAGAGGUCAUAGAGUACGUGGGUACCAUUGCAGAUCAGGCAGUAGUACUGGCUCUACACUCAGUCUCAGGUGAGUUAUCUUCUAGCACCAUCAAAAUGCAAGGACUGUAUGGUAACCAGCAGCUAUCGGUUUUGGUGGAUGGAGGGAGUACUAACUGCUUUAUCCGACCUACGGUUGCGCAACUAUAUCCUGAGAAAAUCAGGAGACAUAGACCUUUCAAAGUCAAAAUUGCAGAUGGGAAGGUCUUGCAUUGCGAUCAGUGGGUGCCUCAGAUGAAGUGGGAGAUCCAGGGCCACCAAUUUGAGCAUGAUGUAUUUGUUUUGGAACUUGAACCUUAUGACAUGAUAAUUGGAGUAGAUUGGAUGAAGAAAUACAGUCCCCUAACAUUUGAUUUCAGAGCAUUGCAGAUAACCUUUGACAGGGAGGGAGAACAGGUCCUAUUGCAGGAGAACUCUGAGACUGCACAGGUGACUAGUGUGCCUAACUCUCUUACUGAAUUGCUGGCUGCAUAUGAGGACAUUUUUUCUGAUCCUAUAACAUUGCCCCCAUCUAGAACUCAUGACCAUAAAAUACCUCUUAAAACUGAGGCUAGACCCUUCAAAAUUGCCUCCUAUAGGUACCCCCAUUCGCAAAAGACAGAGAUAGAAAAACAAGUCCAGGAAAUGUUAACCUCUGGUAUCAUUCAUAAAAGUCAUAGCCCUUUUGCCUCUCCAGCUCUUCUGGUAAAAAAGAAAGAUGGCAGUUGGAGACUUUGCAUUGACUAUAGACAGUUGAACAGCUUGACCAUCAAAGAUAAAUUUCCCAUUCCUAUCAUAGAUGACCUCCUUGAUGAGUUACAUGGAGCCAAAAUAUUUUCCAAGAUAGACCUCAGAUCAGGAUAUCACCAGAUCCGAAUGGCUCCGGAUGACAUUCCAAAAACAGCUUUUCGAACACAUUCUGGUUUGUAUGAGUUCCUUGUUAUGCCUUUUGGUUUAACAAACGCACCUGCAACUUUCCAAGCUUUAAUGAACUCUGUUUUUGAACCUUAUAUCAGAAAAUUUGUUCUGGUAUUCUUUGAUGACAUUCUGAUUUACAGCCCUGACCUUACCACUCAUUUACAUCACCUGUCCUUGGUGUUGAACACCCUUAGAACACACUCCCUCUAUGCUAAAUUGUCCAAGUGCGCAUUUGGCCAGAAUCAAGUAGAGUAUUUAGGCCACAUAGUCACUGAGACAGGUGUGAAGGCUGAUCCAGCAAAGGUUGAAGCUAUGCUCUCUUGGCCUGCUCCUACCCAUGUUAAGGGCCUCAGAGGCUUCCUGGGAUUGACAGGCUACUAUAGGAGAUUCGUGAAGAGUUACGGGGUGAUCGCCAAGCCUCUUACGGAGCUGCUUAAAAAGGGGCAGUUCUCUUGGGGUAAAGAAGCGGAUCAAGCCUUCCAGAAGUUAAAGGAAGCAAUGAGUACUACACCAGUCUUGGCUCUACCAGACUUUACUAAGUCCUUUGUUUUGGAAAUUGAUGCAAGCCAAGCUGCCAUUGGAGCUGUUUUGAUGCAGCAAGGUGGGGUCAUAGCCUAUAUGAGUCAGGUAUUGGGGAGGAAAAACCAGACUUUAUCCAUAUAUGAGAAGGAGCUGCUGUCCUUAAUGACUGCGGUUCAAAAAUGGAAACAUUAUCUGUUGGGAGGGCACUUUGUGAUUAAAACUGAUCAUGAGAGCUUGAAGUACUUACUGGAACAGAAAAUCACAACUCCCUUACAACAAAAAUGGUUGGCCAAGCUGAUGGGGAUGGAUUAUGAGAUUCAAUAUAAACGAGGAAAGGAGAAUGUGGUGGUUGAUGCUCUCUCUAGGAGAACAGAGGGAAUGGAAGGAAGGGAAGGAUAA